AUGCCUAGUAGCAGUAAAAGCUCAGGAUGUGAUGAAAAAGUGAGAGGAAGAGAAAAAAUCCCGAAAGGUACAUUGUGUGUUGUUUGCUCGGAUUUAGCCAGUGGUAUUCACUAUUCGGUUGCUAGCUGUAACGGUUGUAAAACAUUCUUCCGGCGUGCACUUGUGAAUAAACAAGUCUUCCAGUGUCAAUUUUCCGACAAUUGCAUCGUAGAUAAAUCAGUACGAUGUGGUUGUCGAAGUUGCAGACUAAAAAAAUGUUUCAAAAUGGGAAUGGAUCCAAAUGCUAUUCAACACGACAGGGACAAAAUUCGUUAUACCAAACGGUCAAAAAAGGCAAAAGAUGAAGGAAAAUAUGAUGCUAAAGAAGUUUUUGGUGUGAAACCAAUGAAAGAGGAGGGUGAAAGCAGUCCACAAAGCAAUGUUUCUCACGAUGACGCAGUUGCAAGUCCAUCGUCUAGUUUUGCUGGACAGAGCUUGGGACCGGGUAGUAAUGGCCCAUAUUUUGACCAAGAUAUCCAAGACGUUCAAACGGAAAUGUCUAUAUUGCUUUCUGAUUUAUUGAAUUUGGAACUCAAGGUAGACAGUUUACGUUGUUCCAACAAAUUCCCUCCUCAUACUUCCGCUGCAUCAUGCAUGUAUGAUCGACGACUUUUAGAUGAUGAAGCUUGGCUUUCAGCUUAUACAGUUCCAGUGCAACCUAUCAUAAUUCCAAUGCCUUGUGAUCGUGGAAAUAUGCGUACAUGGUUUGUUAAAGAUCUUACGUUAAUGAUUGAAUGGGCGAAGUGUAUUCCUCAAAUGAGGCAACUCCUGCUCAAUGAUAAGCUUGCGUUAAUCAAAGCAUUUGCACCUGUUUAUCCAUUAAUCCAGUUAGCAUAUUAUUCAUGCAAGUACGAAAAAGAUAAAUAUUUACAAAAUUCAUUGGAUAUCUUAUUGACAUCGUCAUCAUUCAUGAACACAAAAUUAUCGUUGGAUCCAAAUACAAAAGUUGAUGAAUCUUCUGUAAAGGUUGAACGAUUGUGGUAUCCUGAUGGACGUUUUUUGGAAAGAGAAGAUAUUGACAGAAAUGAUACAUUCCCCAGUGGGAAAAAAAUCCUACCGAUCAAUGCUCUGCUCAUUGAUGGCGUGUGUCAUCAAAUUUUACGACUAAAACUUUCUGAUAGCCACAUGGUUUUAUAUAAAGCCAUGUUAUUUUUCAAUCCAGAUGCUGAUGGGUUAUCUGUAAGAGGAAGAGCCACUGUCGGAGCGGAAAGAAUAAAACUUCUGAAUUAUUUGUAUGCACAGAUUAUUCGUGAUCGUAGAGGAAGGCAUGCUACUGAAUUGUAUUCGAGUAUGCUUAUGAUGACAUCAACACUCAUCCGUAUUGCUUCAUAUUUAAAACGAACCUUCGACAUAUCACACAUAUUUGGUCCUGCCGAUGAUUUGAUUGAUCAGUUGAUUAUUGUUGGUCUAUGA